AUGCUAACUUUAACUUUAAAAUUAGAAGGUUUAACUGAAAAAGCCGAAAAAUAUAUCGAAAAAGAACUGAAAUAUUGGGAGGAAAUUACUAAAAAACCCCAGGAUUUUAAAGGCAAAAAAACCCCACGCGAAUAUCAUAUCUCAGAAGCAUUAUUUAGAUAUUUUGAAUAUAUGGAGGAUGCGAGAGAUAUUGAGGAGUAUAUUGAGGAAAAAAAAGUAGGCAAAGUUAAAUAUUAUACUAGCGAGGAAAUUGAAAGACAAAUAGAUAAUCAUUUAGCCACUAAUCCCGCCGUAAAUGGUUAUCCUUUAAAAGAGGGUGAAAUCUUAAUAGCAAAAGUAGGAGAACGCAAACCAAAGCAAGACGACGAUGUUUAUAUGGGACAUCACCCCCUUCCUACUUCCAACCGACAAACCAUUACCGAACGACCCCAAGCCCGAGACCAUAAAAGAAAAGUAGUAGGUCAUCGCGGAAAGAGAAAAAUAGGACGCUAA